CAAAAAGAAAAAAAAAUCUUAGGAGCCUCAAUACAAAACCUCUCCUCCCCGCGACGGCGACGGCGGCGUCGGCUAAAAACGAAUCGCCACGACGCCACACCCCCAUCACCUCCAGAGAUCAAAACCCACCUUCGAGGCGACCCGGCGAUCACCGGAGAAGUUGCAGCAGAAGUGCUCAGGGGGUCUUCCCCAACCGCGGAGAUGGACGACGUGGACGUGUCGCGGCAGCUCAAGCAGAUGACCGACUUCAUCCGCCAGGAGGCCGUCGAGAAGGCCGCCGAGAUCGAGGCCGCAGCUGCCGAGGAAUUCCAAAUUGAGAAAUUGCAACUGGUGGAAGCUGAAAAGAAGAAGAUCAGGCAGGAAUAUGAUAGGAAAGAGAAGCAAGUCGGUAUCAAGAAGAAAAUUGAUUACUCAAUGCAGCUCAAUGCUUCCCGAAUUAAAGUUCUGCAGGCUCAAGAUGAUUUAGUAACAAAUAUGAUGGAGGCAGCAAGAAAAGAGCUGCUGUACAUAAGCCGAGAUCACCAAACAUACAAGAAACUUCUCAGGAUACUUAUUGUUCAGAGUUUGCUGCGUCUGAAAGAGCCAGCUGUGGUUCUUCGCUGCAGGAAGGAGGAUCUUGAGCUUGUUGACUCAGUUUUGGAGUCGACAAGGAAUGAAUAUGCAGAAAAGGCAAAUGUAUAUCCUCCCGAAAUAGUGGUAGACCGCCAUGUAUAUCUGCCAUCUGCUCCCAGUCAUUAUCAGGCACAUGGCCUCUCCUGCUCCGGUGGAGUUGUACUAGCUUCUCGAGAUGGAAAGAUAGUCUGUGAAAACACAUUGGAUGCUAGACUACAAGUGGUUUUCAGAAAGAAGCUGCCGGAGAUCCGUCGAAGCCUUUUUGGGCAGGUAGCUGCGUAACCAAUUCUUGAAAGCAGAACGCUGCACAACACUCUUUGGUAUCUCCUGAUGAUAUCCAAGAAAACACUUUGGCAGCUCAAUAGUAAUUUAUCACGUUGUUUGGAUCUCAGUUUUUAUUUUUUGUUAUGGAGGAGUUGUCAUCCGAUUCCAGACCUUCCAAUCCUGCAAGAAUCAAAUAAGAGCAAAUAAACUGUGUUCAUAAUUGA